AUGAGGCGGCCGGGUUUGGCCUUCCGUGGGCUUUGUUUCGGCGCCGAACCUCGAAAGACUCUCGCGCUAGGCCGUGAGGAAUGUUAUACCAGCCUAGUCCCUUCGUAUCCGGGUCUCGCGCUACUCCUGCAGCAGUUCAGCGCUCUUCGUAUUCCCACCGUCGCUUCCAUCCACCAGUUUUUAUCCGGCCUCUCUGGUCUGACCCGUCGUUCCGGCGUCGAACACGAGUUGGCCAGCGCGAUCCCUGCCUGCCGGCAAAUAAUUGGCGUCUCAACGCCUCGCGAGCGCCAGGCAUCAUCCCUGCUUGUACCAGGCCCCAGAAAGCAUAUUGCCAGUUCGUCCGACCUUCGGUGGCACGGGCACCCGUGGCACUCUGUCCUUGACGAUUGUGCUCCAAGAGAGAAACGGAGUUUGACGGCUCGUUUCAAACUCGUCUCCAGCAUGGCCACCACGCAGUCGAAUCCGGCAUCCACCUCGCCCACGACGCCGGUCUCUGCCACUACCGGGCUGCGGCGAAGUUGUAUCUUUUGCCGUGCGCGCAAGAUCCGUUGCUCCGGCGGCCACAUCUGCAGUGCUUGUCGCGAACGCAAUAUUAACUGUGUCUACGGGCCCGAGGCCCGCAAGGGCCGCCCCCGGCGCAAACCGUCCGGUCUCGAUCGUUCGCAACGACUCUCGCCGUCCACCAGCAAUCCCGGCGAUGCAGAAUCGGGGGUGACCACGCCGACCCGGCGGCAUCAGAGCCCACUAGAUACCGAACGAACGCUAGGUAUGGACUUGGAGCAGAUGUUCACCGAAUACUUCAUCGAGCAAUCUGGGUCCCGCUCCAAUCUGUUCCAGAAUUCCAUCGCUGCAUUCCAUCGCCAGAUGGGCCACUCGUCCCCUAGCCACCCAUCGCCGGAGCCGCGGCCGCGGCUGCAUUACGAGGGUCUUCUAUCCUUCUUGGCCCAUGACAUGGUGGAAAUGCUACUGGGAUUCAGCAGUCUCGGAUGCGAACGACCUCCGGCUGCCAACCGAAGCUUUUAUAUCACGAGCCUGGCCGCCGAUACUACCCACGAGAUGUUUGACUCGCCUCGCACGAUGAAGAAUCCCUUACCGGUCCUGGGGAAGUACCGGGUGCUUCAGAUGGUAGACCUCUGGUUUUCGAUGCAUCCCCUCUCCCCGGUGGUUUCCAAGACGCUGCUGAUCAGCGAGAUCAAGGACGAAACCGUGGACCCGGCCCUGUUGGCAAUCAUCCUAGCCGACGCCUGCCAGGUGCAUCACGGUCCCCAGACGCGGUCGCGGGAACGCGACGGCCCGGGGGCCGACCAGGAAGACCCGGACACGCUGAUUCGAUUUGCCGCCAGUCACCUCCGACGGCGCGCGGCGUUGUGCAGCGAGUCGGAUCCGCUGUCCACGGCGCAGGCCUUGCUACUUUUGGGCUGGCGAGAGCUCUGCCUGGGCAACGCACGUCGGGGCACCUGCUACGUGGGCUACACCUGUCGCAUCGUGUCUCGACUGCACAAGAUGUGGGGGGACGAGUCCUCGAUGGAGGUAGACAGCAUCAAGUUAAAUGGCAUUGACAUUGGGUCGGUGAAGCGGGAGAUCUUGCAAAACAUUUAUUGGCUGUGCCUGUCGACCACAACAUGGUCCUUUAUGCAGAUCAAUCAACCGUUUUCGCUACUGCUGCCGGAGGAGAUCCCCGAUUUUCCCAGCAUGGACGAGUCACUCUCCCCGAGUCUGCGCCUCGAUCGCGCCUCCGACAAUAUCUCUACGUUGCAGGGACAGACUCGGACGAUGCAAUGGCUUUGGCCGCUAAGCCACAUCACCAGCACGGUGGCCCAUAUCUAUACGCUUUUCCUCAACGUAUCUGGGAACGACGAGGCACCGCGUACGGAAAUCGCCCCGUGGCAAACCCAGCACAUCCACGAGCUGCAUCAUCUGCCCCAGGCCUGCUUCGAUCCCUCCGUUCUGUCCCGCCAUAUUCGGCGCAUUUUGUUGCAGGCCAUUCAGGCCGUCGAGCGAGAGGUCACGCACCCUCCCUCGCAGUCCUUCCUGCUGACCGCGUACCAUACGAUCGUUAUCCACAUGCUCUUUGCUCGGCAUCAGCGAUGCCGCGAGUCGCUCCGCGUCAGACCGGUCACCGUGCAUGCGUUUCUGCAAUCGGCCGCCGCUCUGCUGGCUAUCGCACAGCGUUCACCCCACGUCGACUCGAGUCCGGUCGCUUCGCCUCGCAUGAUGAGCGAUCGGGGCGCGGACGUAACGCGAACUCUCGCCCUAGGUCUAGAUACAUGCAGUCGCACGCUGGCGCACAUUCACGGACAUUCUCAUCAAUGGAUGGACGGAGGCGACGAGGUGGACGCAGCCGCGAUCCUAGCGCAACUAGCGGACUUUGCCCAUCAAAUGCACCAGAUUUGCAAGGGCAACUCCCUUCUCUCUUCCGGGCCUGUGAUUCGCCCAGUCAAGAAACGGUUCAAACAGCUGAAACAAGCCUUUUCCACGUCCCCGUCGCCGACCGACGGUAGAUCUCUGCCUACGUCCGUCGUCGCCGAGAGCGCCAGUCCUCUAUCGGUGUCGAUCGCCGACGAUGCUCCGCCACUAGUGGCCGGUCGCUCAUCCGGGAUAUCCCUGACACACUCAGCCGCCAGCCCGUCGCCGGCACUGUCGGACUGCCCAGCCGAAGUCAUGGAUUCUUACUUCUUCCUCGGGGAUCCCGACAUGGGCUCUCUGCUCGGCCUCACCGGGUUCAUCAAGCCCGGCCCGGGCCCUCGUGUGGAUCUUUCGCCGUCUCGGUCGAGUCCAACCGCGCACCCAACGCAAUCCCAUACGUCUACCUUCCCCUCUAUGGACUUCCACGGUCGCGAUAUUCUCCUCUUCAGUAACUCCUCAUCUACCAGUGGACAGGUCAGUGCCGGCGUUCAAUCCGUUGCAGAUCCUUAUGGUGUUUCAUUCCCUCAGAGAGCCCAUCAGACCCCUGUUCAAACCCGUCACAUAUCCUCGGACUCUUUAGAAUCGGCUCCGUCGGAGAGCGACAUCGCCUCCCUGUACGCUGCAGAAAAAAACACCGUCCCUCAUCCUUGGACGCUACCGUCUUCAUGGCUGGAGCCAUUUGGUACCGGGCUUCGCAAUGAAACGGAUGGAAUUUUCCGAUCGUGA